AUGCCUUCUCUUUUGCAGAAGCUCCUGCUAGGAAUUCCUCUGGCAUGCUUGGCUAGCGGCCAUUGCAUCGCAGAUUCCCUCGGCUCAAACUAUAAGAUCGACGUUCAUUCCCAUGUCGUUCCGUCUAUCUGGAGGGAGGAGUUGAUCUCUGCAGGCUUCCCAGUCAAGAAUGGUACUUUGUACACAGAUGGCUUCCCUGUCGCAGAUUGGACACUGGACGGGCAUAUUAGCACCAUGGAUAGCCUUGGAGUUAAUUACUCGACGAUUAGUGUCAGCGCGCCCGGCGUCUUCUUCCUAAAGGAAGCCCAAAAGGCCAAGUCACUAGCCCGCAGCAUCAACCUCCAGCUUCAUAACUACACUGGAACUCACCCGACUCGACUUGGAGCCCUCUGUCUUCUCCCUCUCCCUUACGUUGAUGAAGCCGUUGAGGAGUUGAAGUUCUGCCUGGAUACCCUCGGGUUCGUUGGCGUGGGGCUGUUCACCAACGCCAAUGGAACAUAUUUGGGCGACAAAUCCUUUGACCCUAUCUUCUCUGGCUUGGACGCACGCAACGCCAGCGCGCUUGUUCACCCAGCCGCUCCGGAUUGCACAUCUGUCGCCGGGGGCUGGCCCAUCCCGAUGACCGAGUAUCCUUUCGACACUGUGCGUGCGCUUGAGAGCAUGCUGUUGACGGGUCGACGUGCGCAAUAUCCGGACAUCAAGAUGAUCUUCACCCACGGCGGUGGCGCAAUCCCCUACUUGGCCUCCCGAAUCGCCGGGAUGGCCUCCCUUCCCUGGUUGGGUGGACUGUCUGUCCCUGAAUCCCUUGUGCAACUCGCCGGAUAUUAUUUUGAUACCGCUGCCUCGACUUCUGCUAUUCAGCUGACGGCUCUGAAGAGCUUCGUUGGCGCGGAUCAGAUCGUGACUGGAACGGACUAUCCAUAUGUUCCUGUCUCACAGGCGUCGUCGGGAUUAGCUGCGAUUGAGGGUAAUGGUAACUUUACCAGGGGGGAGAUGGGCAAGAUCAAUAAUCUGAAUGCCUUGACAAUCUUCCCGCGGAUUAUCAAUGCUUUGAAGCUCAACUGA